AUGCGUAGGGCGACCGCCAAGACGCAGUUCACAGGGGCCGAUCAGAGGACAUGGGACGAGAAUUGGCCGGAGCUGCAGCUGGCGCCACCGCCACCACCACAACAACAGGGGGUGCCUCAGCCACAGCCGUCGUUGCCGCCGACGUCGCCGCCGAAGCAGACGCAUCCCCCACCACUGCCACCGCCGCCAACACCGCCGACGCAGCCGCAUCCACCACCACCACCACCACCACGCGCACCGACACCGCAGCCAGCACCACCCACGCCGCCGCCAGCAGACGCUGCGCACGAUCGGCAUGGGCGGCCGCCGGUGGCACCAUCAGACCGGGUGGUCGAGGAGACAAAGACCCAGGCAGGCAGACGGCAUAAGGACCGCUGGGCCAAACUGUUCAUGCUGAGCGGCCAGCGGUUCCGCCUAAAGGUACGUACCCCAAUAAAAGAUGUAAAUGAGGGAAUCAGCGAGUUGAUUGGGACAGGGGAGGGCGAUGGGCACAACAUUGCUCACUUGUAA